AUGGGCGAAAUACCUAUCGCUCCGGGUCUGCGAGAGUUCAACAAUGCCAGCACCGCGGACGUCAAGUUCGUUUUCAGAGACGGAACCCCGAUGUUCGCACACAUGAAGACUCUCAAAGCCUGCUCGACAUACUUUGGGUCCCACGCUGACUUCACAGAAGGUCAAAGCUUUCAACUGGAGCAGAACAAAAAUCAAGAUGAAGAACUGAUGUGUUUAAACGAACCGAGCUACAAGUACACCAUCCACGUGAAGCAUUUGACUGCGGACGAGGAAGCCUUCCAACGUCUCCUCCUGUACAUCUAUACCCACGACCGGAUUACUCUCCAAGUGACCCAUGGCAACUUCAUCCACCUCGUGGCUUUGAAUCACUUUCUCGGCCUCCACAAAUCGCUCGACUUGCAGAGUAUCGCUCUGGCUGCUUUGGUGACCGCUCCGUUUAACGUCACGCUGUCGAGUCUUCAAAGUGCGGUCGAGACAGGCUCAAUGGUUCAGGACGAGAUGCUUGGCUUGUUUAGGGAGCUCAUACGCUCGCGAGAGUGCCGCGGCGGACAAUUCGGAACCUGCAAGUGCCUUUACAAACCAUUAACCUCAAAAACGAAGGCGAGGACCCAGUUCCCUAACGCUAACUACAAGCAGAGGCAAUGUUUGAAGUGCCUUCAAUGCGAGGAGCAUUGCGCACUGGAUUCCAUUCGGAUCGCCCUCAGCUUGCCCGCGAUGUGGGUACUUUCGACACGGAAACACGAACUGACCUACGACGUCAUUGUUCUACGUAAAGAAAUUCAAAAUGCAGUGAAGAGGAUGCGAGCACCGGCGAUUCUUGCAAGGUUUAUGGAGUCUUUGGAUGAAGUGCAAGUACAAGGGCUCCAGUGUGUGAUAGAUUUCAAAGAAGUCUGCUGUGCGCUUUUCGCAACCAACGUGGGUUGA